AUGGCUAGCGCGAUGCAGGUGCAGCAGCAGCUCACGCGGACUUGGUCCACGCUGCGUUACCGCAUGGAAUAUGGUGGCUACCUGUCCAACCACCUGCUGCACGGUGUUGUGGCACUCUUCGACCUCGGUGCGAGCGAAGAAAAGAUUGAGGAGUUCGCCGAAUGCUACUCGACCAAGUUGGAGAAAGCGGAGCCCAGCCACGAUGACGUAAUGCAGCCCGACGUCCGCGCGAAGUUCCUGAAGGAGUCGAAGCUAGCGUUCGAAAGCGCGAAAGGCCUACUCGGCAAGCGCCAGAAUUUUGAUGGCCUGCUAGCUCUGUAUGCCGCUGAAGUGCAGGAGUUGGGGAUCGACAAAGCAGUGAAGAAACACUUGCCCGUUCUUGUCGGCGGACUAGCUGGCGCGUUACUCCACGCUAUCAUCCAGCUCGGUUACGCCUACCACAUUGGCGGCGAACGUCUUGUGGCUGAAGGACUGACGUACAUGCAUUACGCUUACCUUUCGUUCGACGAGCCACAACAAGUUAACGCCGAGGAAUUGCAAGAGAAGAAAACAUUUUCACGUGAUGAAGCGAUGCAACUGGUGCGAAUGUUAAAUGGCAAUGAUUUUCUGCUGAAUGAGAUGAGUUGCAAGCUGCAGGCGAAGCCGCUGGUUGAUCUCGAGAUUGGCGGUAUUCAGAAGCGGUUGAGCACCAUGUCGGGUGACCCAGAACGAGGCAGCAGUGAGGCAUUCAACUUGAUCUGGGACGCUAUCAAUGCAUACAAUCUGUCAAAAAUGAAUGGCGUGUUCGCACUGGACGUGGCAUUCUGGCUUUAUAUGAUGAUCGAGCACAACGAUUUCGUCAUCCUACACGCAGUGACGUCGGCGUGGGCUCUACAACAGGUUGAACAUCUGCUUGAACCGAAGGAUCAUGAGCGCGCGUGGAAGGUGUGGCUGCAUGUAUCGUUAUCGGCCUUCGUUACCAACAAGAUCAAAGAUGUCUUGACAUCCGACGUGUGCGACCAGCAACUCGAGGAUCUGCCGGCGUUGGACCCAUGGAGGCAAAUUGUCGCUAAGACUUUGGGCUUAGCAGACGAAGGGCUGCUGGAACGCGACCUGGCGCACGCAUACAAACUUGUUCAAGUGGCCCACAGCCACGCACAAACCAACGAGAUGUCGUUCCUAUCCGGUGAGGAGCGCGACUUCAUUGCUCGCAAAAGUGCGCUCAAGGUGAUAUCCUGCGAAUUUGGUCCACUGUUACUGAACUGA